AUGAGGCUCUCGUCGCCGGCGGGCGCCGUCCUCCCGGCCCAGGCGCCGGCGUCGCCGGAAGCUGCUGAGGAGCACAAGUGCCUGAAUUCGGAGCUAUGGCACGCCUGCGCCGGCCCGCUCGUCUCCUUGCCCGCGGUCGGCAGCAGGGUGGUGUACUUCCCACAGGGUCACAGCGAGCAGGUAGCCGCAUCGACGAAUAAAGAGAUCGAGUCUCAGAUCCCCAACUACCCCAAUUUGCCUCCACAGCUUAUCUGCCAGCUGCACAAUGUGACCAUGCAUGUAAGUGUGGAGAUUUGGAGCACAUAUUUUUACCAGCUAAGUAAUAUCACUGCCAGUAUCUUUUUGUUUGAUCAUUGGCUUUAUUAUUACCUUCAGGCUGAUGCGGAGACGGACGAGGUCUAUGCGCAGAUGACCUUGCAACCACUUAACCCGCAAGAGCUCAAAGAUCCGUAUCUACCUGCUGAAUUAGGUACUGCAAACAAACAGCCAACGAAUUAUUUUUGCAAAACAUUAACUGCGAGUGACACAAGCACGCAUGGCGGCUUCUCUGUUCCCCGGCGAGCAGCUGAGAAAGUGUUUCCUCCGCUGGAUUUCACCAUGCAGCCUCCAGCACAGGAGUUGUUUGCAAAAGAUCUUCAUGGCAAUGAGUGGAAAUUCCGUCACAUCUUUCGCGGUCAGCCAAAGCGGCAUCUUCUCACAACAGGCUGGAGUGUCUUUGUAAGUGCAAAGAGACUCGUUGCUGGGGACUCUGUCCUAUUUAUCUGGAAUGACAACAAUCAGCUUCUUCUGGGAAUUCGCCGGGCAACUCGGCCACAAACUGUCAUGCCAUCUUCCGUCCUAUCAAGUGAUAGCAUGCACAUUGGUCUUCUUGCUGCAGCUGCUCAUGCUGCCUCAACAAAUAGCCGGUUUACAAUCUUUUAUAACCCAAGAGCUAGCCCUUGUGAGUUUGUUAUACCACUUGCCAAGUAUGUAAAAGCCGUGUAUCAUACCCGUAUAUCGGUGGGGAUGCGUUUCAGGAUGCUUUUUGAGACAGAAGAAUCAAGUGUUCGGAGAUACAUGGGGACAAUUACAGGAAUUAGUGAUCUUGAUGCUGUCCGUUGGCCAAACUCACAUUGGCGGUCUGUGAAGGUUGGCUGGGAUGAAUCAACUGCUGGAGAGAGGCAGCCAAGGGUGUCACUUUGGGAGAUUGAACCCCUGACAACUUUCCCGAUGUACCCUACUCCUUUUCCACUCAGACUGAAGCGACCAUGGCCAACAGGCUUGCCUUCUCUGCAUGGUGGUAAGGAUGAUGACUUGACUUCCUCGCUCAUGUGGCUUCGAGAUAGUGCAAACCCUGGUUUCCAGUCGCUGAAUUUCGGUGGUGCUGGUAUGAAUCCCUGGAUGCAGCCAAGGCUGGAUGCAUCGUUACUUGGUCUACAGCCUGAUAUUUACCAAACGAUGGCUGCGGCUGCGUUCCAGGACCCAACAAAGAUGUCACCCACGAUGUUGCAGUUCCAGCAGCCACAAAACAUGGUUGGUAGAGCUACGCCGCUUCUGCAAAGUCAGAUUUUACAGCAAAUGCAACCUCAGUUUCAGCAGCAGUCAUACCUUCAAAACAUCAAUGGGGCCACGAUCCAGGGCCAGGCUCAGUCUGAGUUCCUUCAACAGCAGCUCCAACGGUGCCAGUCCUUCAAUGAGCAGAAGCCACAGCUUCUCCAACAGCAAGAAUCAAAUCAGCAGCAAUCACAGGGUAUGCAAGUCCCUCAACAUCAGCAUAUGCAACAACAGAAGAAUAUGGCGAACUACCAGUCAGCAUAUUCUCAACUCUCCCCAGGUCCUCAGUCUUCACCUACAGCACUGCAAACGGCCUUACCGUUUUCGCAGUCUCAGAGCUUUCCGGACACGAAUAUGAGCUCAUUGUCCCCAUCCGGUGCCCCCGCCAUGCAUAAUACCUUGGGGCCAUUCUCAUCAGAAACAGCUUCACACCUGAGUAUGUCAAGGCCUACUGCGGUACCUGUCCCUGACUCAUGGUCGUCAAAGCGAGUUGCAGUGGAGUCUCUGAUUCCUUCUCGGCCUCAGUCCACCACGCAUAUGGAACAGCUAUCCUCAACACCACCUAGCAUACCUCAAAGCUCUGCAUUGGCGCCACUUCCUGGAAGAGGUUGCUUGGUGGAUCAAGAUGGGAGCUCUGAUCCUCAGAAUCAUCUUUUGUUCGGCGUUAAUAUAGACUCACACUCACUUCUGAUGCAAGGAGGUCUUCACGACGAGAAUGAUUCGACGGCAAUGCCCUAUUCCACUUCCAAUUUUCUGAGUCCUUCUCAACAUGAUUUCUCCUUGGAUCAGACACUAAAUAGUUCAGGAUGCUUGGAUGAGUCGGGAUAUGUGCCAUGUUCACACACUCCUGAUCAAGUGAAUCAACCACCUGCAACCUUUGUGAAGGUUUACAAAUCUGGAACCUACGGAAGGUCGCUUGAUAUCACCAAGUUUAGCAACUACCAUGAACUACGUAGGGAACUGGGGCGCCUAUUCGGCCUUGAGGGCCAGUUGGAAGACCCUAUGAGAUCAGGCUGGCAGCUUGUAUUCGUCGACCGGGAGGAGGACGUCCUUCUGGUCGGCGACGACCCUUGGCAGGAAUUCGUGAACAGCGUGUCCUGCAUAAAGAUCCUGUCCCCGCAGGAGGUGCAGCAGAUGGGCAAGCAGGGCCUGGAGCUCCUGAGCUCGGCCUCCGGGAAGAGGCUAGGCGGCGGCGGCGGCGGUAGCAGCUGCGACGACUACGCGAGCAGGCAGGAGUCGAGGAGCCUGAGCACCGGGAUCGCGUCGGUCGGCUCGGUCGAAGUAGAGUUCUGA